GAGCUGUUUGUGUUUCUGUAGAUAAAAGAAAUGGGAAAUUCAUCCCCAGGUGCUUUAAGGAGGAGUGAGGAGAAGAUAAGUAGCAGAUGUGGAGCUGCUGGAGCGUCCACUAUGGACACAACACCUGACCAGAGACAGAAGUGUUUCAGGGACAUUUUGGACCUCGUUCUUCAUCUGAGUGAUGAGGAAUGGAAAGCCGUUAGCAGGGACAUGGAGAAGGAGGUCACAAGGUUGGAUUUUGCAUCUGGAUGCACAGACAUUUUGGAGACAGCUUUGUCUGCUGUCGUUCUGCAUUUACUAAAACCUCUCCACAAAAGCUUCGGGAUCGAAGCGAUUCUCGCAGCAAACAACAAACUGAAGUCGAACUUGAGCAAGCGCUCUGUCUCACACGCCUCAGAUCAAAGAUCCCCUACAGAGGUGUCUGAUUUCAUCUGUGAUCUCUCUCAGAGAAUCGUCACAGAAAUUAAAGGUGCGAUGCUGGAGGCAAUCCAGAGUACGGCAUCACAGAGGGCUUCAUCACCUGCAGGAGAUCCAAUCUCGCAGCUAGAUGAUCUCAGCAUUGCAUGUACUAAUGAAAUCUGUGAAAAGAUCUUGGACCUGUAUCUCGCUGAAGAGCACGUGAGACCUGAAGGAGAGAAAACACCGGAAACAUCUCUAAAGUCCCACCAGGAGGUCCAUGGGGUAAUGAAGGGCUUGGAAGAGGUCGAUCCGCACAGGUCCUCUUUCUGGUAUAAUGUAAAAUGCUUGAUCUCUGAGUUAAUCUCCACCAAACCUCAAGUGGUGACUCCUCAUUGUUCUUUAUUAGCUCCUCAGACUGAGAGACCUUUGAGUGAUGAGUUUAUGAGCAAAGCCUCACAAAUGGUCAGUGAAGUUCUUCAGAAAACUGAGAAAAAACUCGCCACCUCAAUGUUACCCCAAACGACUGUCCCCGCCUCCAGUGAGACAGAACUGAAUUUCUUGCUGGAUCUGGUGAAGAACUUGGUCACCUCAGAGAACAUUCAGGAAUCUGUGGCUGUUGAACAGUUGCUUGAGGCCACCAAUGUUGCAGACAAUAUUAUGCUGAAAAGGUUAUGUUCACACAUUUUUUCAGGUUUACCCAGUGCAAAAAGCUCGGGAUCCAGCACAUCGUCAUCAUUGAGCGCGUCGGUUGAUCUGAAUCAAGUUGCUGUUGAUAUCAUAAACAGUGUGAUCAGUGGAUCAGCUGUGGAGAUCGGAAUAACCGACAUGGAAAACAGAGUGGAAACUUGGCUAGGUGAAGCUCAGCAGAGUGACGCCGACGCUCGCUCGUCUUGCUACUCAAAGAGCUCCUCAGACAUUUCCUUGAAACUCCAAAAUCUUUCUGGACUUGAAGAUCAAAAGCCUGUGCAGCAGUUUACAGAUGCAGAGACGAGGCCUUCAGUCCAGAACAGUCCGUACGUUUCUCUGCAUUUUUUCACUGUUGUGCGAGAUCGCCUGAAGGCUUUCUUUACAACCUUCUCUGAAGGUGCUGAUGAUGAUAAAAGGGCAGAUGAGGAUCUUGUCGGUCCAAACUACAUCGGCGAGGACGUCUCGGUUCACGAGCUAACAAAGCCUCCGUCUCCGGAGGAGAUGAUAAGGCAACAAGCACAUGUAAUAACAGAUGUCAUUUCAAAGCUCCUCCUGAGGAACGUGUCUAAAGCAAGACAGAUGGGCCGCAGUUCAUCAGAUUCUGUUCUGAAGCACACGUUCCACUUUCCUUAUCAGCUCGUUUACACGUUUGUCGAGCAGUCCAUCAAGACUUUACUACAGAAUGUGGUGAACACUGGGUGGAACGGCGGCACUAAAGCGCAGAAAAUCUGCUUUGUGGACAAAUCAACCAGUUGUCCGUCUACUCCAAUGCUCCAGGUAUCAGCAGCUUCAUCAAGCUCGGUUCAUCGUGCCGUCGUGGAGGAGAAUCUGAAACAUCUGAGCAUCCAUGAAGGCUCCUUGUAUCCAGCAGCUACGAAUCAGGAGCUGAAAAAUCAGCUUGGGUUUCGCUUCAUUGUGAAGAUGAAAAAGGCUGUGAUCAGACUUCCGUCGCAUCGCAGGAGACGACACAGAGCUCCUCUGCCAUACGUUAUACGGCCGAUCUCUGCUGCUUCACACAGAGAAUUAAAGGUCUCAAAGUUGAUCUGUAAGAAAGCUCGCAGAACACUGGGCAGGAUCUUCAAGUCGCGUCUGACCAAGAACUAAAUACAAAUAAAAUAAAUUAAAAAACGAUCUUAGGAUAUAAAUAAACAUAU